AUGUUCAGCAUCAUCCAAAAAACCGCCGCCUCCAAAACCCUCACGAUAACAAGUACACCCCUCCCAACUCCAAAUCACGCACAGGGAGAGCACCUCAUCCAAAUAAAAGCCUGCAGCCCCUGCACCGGCGAGCUCCUCUGGCCAAAGAACUUCCCUCCGCCAACAGCGCGCACUCUAAUCCCAUGUCCAGACAUGGCGGGAAUCGUCAUCUCAGCACCGGAAGACUCGCCCUUCCAGCCCGGUGAUGAAGUGUACGCACGCACAAACUAUAGCCGGCCAGGAAAUGCGCGCGAGUAUUCCAUCGCCGUUACGGACGAGCUGGCUCAUAAGCCUACGGACCUAAGCUGGGUCCAGGCUGCUGCAGUUCCUGUCUCUGCGCAGACGGCUUGGCAGAUUCUGUUCGUUCAUGCUCUUGGUACCGGUGCAAAUGAGGGAGAGAUGGACCUGGAGGGUGCUAAAGUUGCCUGGUCUGGAAAGAGAAUCCUUGUCACUGCUGCUUCUGGUGGUGUGGGCAUUUGGCUCGUGCAGUUGGCCACGCUACUUGGUGCGGAGGUGGUUGGGACGUGUGGUCCUCGGAAUGUGGAAUUUAUGAGAUCACUUGGCGCGAAGGAGGUUCUUGAUUAUCGGGCAGUGGAUGUGAAGGAGUGGGCUCAGUUACCUUCUAAUAAGGUGGAUGUCGUUGUUGAUUGUAUCGGGGGGAAGGCUCUUCAAGAUGCGUGGUGGACUGUUAAGGAUGGUGGUGUUGUGCUGAGUAUCUAUCAGCCACCUCUGCAGGCCUGUCCAGAGGGGUUUAAAGGUGAAGGUGUGAAAGAUUUGUUCUUUAUCAUGAAGCCUGUGAGGAGACAGUUAGAGGAGAUUUCGAAGUUGCUUGAGAAGAGGCUGUGUCGGGGAUUGGUGGAUAGCGUCUGGCCUUUUGAACAGUAUGAAGAGGCAUUCAAGAGACUGGAUGAAGGCCAUGCGAAGGGCAAGAUUGUCUUUGAUCUGUCAUUGAAUCGCUAG